AAAAAAUAUCAAUUUUAUGUCAGAAAUCUGACAAGGAAAUAAAAUUAAGUUUAAUUUGUCGCAUGGCUUAUGAAUACUUUUCAAUUAACUAUAAUAUGUAGAAAUAUAAGUAAACAAACACAAGUUAUUUUUACAACCCCGCCCCAUUAAAUAAAUUGUAGUACAAUUUGAAAUGAUAAUACGUGAAUAAGAAAAACCGCCUUUUAAAAUUUAGAAUAAUGGCGGUUCCUAUUGAAAACAAGAGUACAUGUUAUUGGUGUUUUAAGGCUGUUAAAUGGAUACCUGUUUUAUUUAUUGUAACAUUUGUUGCUUGGUCGUACUAUGCUUAUGUUAUCCAGUUGUGUUUUUAUACGGUAGAAGGCCCAGUUAAAAAGAUUUUGUAUUUAGUUUUUUACCACUUGUUUUUCUUCAUGUUUUCCUGGUCAUAUUGGCAGACCAUUUUCACUGAUAUAGGAAGGGUGCCUUCUAAAUUUAAAAUACCAGAUGCAGAUUUUGAAACUGUUAUAAAUGAUAGCAAUUCCCUGGAAGUUCAAAAUACAAUAUUAAACAAUUUGGGGAGAUACCUGCCAAUUGUUAAUGUGACAGUGAGUGGAGGUUACAGAUUUUGUGAGAAAUGUAGAAUAAUUAAGCCUGAUAGGGCACAUCACUGUUCAGUAUGUGGCGUCUGCGUGCUAAAAAUGGACCAUCACUGUCCCUGGAUUAACAAUUGUGUCUCAUUUACAAACUACAAGUUCUUUGUGCUGUUUUUAGGUUAUGCCUUGAUGUAUUGCUUGUAUGUGUCUUUAACCUCUCUCCCUUAUUUCAUUGAUUUUUGGAGGGGUGAUUUGACAGGAAUCGGUAAAUUCCACAUAUUAUUCUUAUUUUUUGUGGCAAUCAUGUUUGGGGUUAGUUUAAUGUCGCUGUUUUUUUACCACUGCUACUUAGUUAGUGAAAAUAGAACAACUUUAGAAGCAUUUAGACCCCCUUGUUUUCGUGGAGUGGGUCCAGAUAAAUAUGGCUUCCAUAUUGGAAGAUACAAUAAUUUCCAAGAAGUUUUUGGUGAUAAUUUAAAGACUUGGUUUUUUCCUAUAAGCACAAGUCUGGGCGAUGGCAUAAACUAUCCUCAAAGAAACUUGGAUGAAGAUAGAGAGGGACUUUUAUAUGGUAAUAGUUUUGAAGAAGACACAUAUAAUGAGUAUUAUCACCCAUAAUGUGUUGGUUCUUGUCACCUCUUGUGAGAACACCAAGUUUAUAAAUUUUAUAGACUAGCUGUUUUAAGUAUAAAUGCAUUUUUUAUGUACAUAAUAAGUAAGGAAUUUUGUAAAUAUUUUAAUUAGCA